UGUUUCAAACACCAACGGCUGGUCGUGCGCUCAAAUUAAGUGUAGAAAAAAGUUUCAUGGAAAAAAAUUUUACAUUUUGCAAAGAAAAAUUGAGUUUACAAUGAAAAAAUAUGGAUAAUUGUAAUUGUAGUGCAAGUAAAGGCGUAGAUUUUAGUUAAUUUUUCUACUACGACAAUGAAAAAACAUAAAGCGUAACGCACGCCAUGAAGGCUUGAAAAUAAAUAAAUAAGAAAAUAUGUGUGUGUGUUUGUGCUGUGGCAUGAAGUAAGCAUAAUAGCGGCAAAAAUAAUAAAAUAAAAUAAAGAAUAAUAAUAAUAAUAAAUAGUUUGUCGUUACGCACGCACUUAGCAACUUCAGUAACAAACAUGAUAGCAAAAAUAAAAAAAUGUAGCAACAAGAACAGUAAAAAUUGUAUAAAACAAAAAGGAUUCAUCAAAGCAUGCGAUUGUAAUAUAGCAAAAGAUUUCCAACUAGCCAGUCAAUCAACUUAACUGUAAAGUUAAGAAACGGCAAACACUAUUAGUAGUUGAGCAAAACCGGCGAGCACAUCCAGCGGUGUAUUUCUAACGGCCGAUACCAGCGCAAGAGCUACCACAAACCAAUCAGUUAUCCUGCCAUUAAAGUAAAUAACGUGCAACACACAUACACAGUUAGCCACAACAAAAUUAGCACAACCACUACUACAACAACUACAACUACAACUAUACAACUUACUAAUGCAACAAAAGAUUGCGCAAAUAUUUCUUGCACUUGCACUGUGGCUCAUUUGAAGAGGAAGAAUGAAGGAGAUUGCAAAAUUAAAAAAAUAUUUAUAUCCUUCCUGUGAUGAAGUGAAGCGCUUGCUGCAUAAUAGAAAACCAAUAUUACACAUAUGAAAAUAUGCUAAUAAAUACAUACACACAUACAAAGUCAUUGCAAAUAUAAUCAAGUAGACAACUUGAUUGAGCAAAUCGACGACGAAGAGACGUAAGGAUUAAACUUAAAUUGACAACGUAAUAGUAGCAGCAAAAUAAAACAACAACAACACUACGUAAACGAAAUACCAACAAGACUUAAACAACAGUAAAUCAGCAGCGAAGCUAACGUGUACAACCGGCUUAAAAACAAAAGAACACAAGUAGCAACACCAGGCAAAGGCUGCAGAUAAAAGGGGAGUGAGGUUAAUAUAGAAAUUCAUAAUAAAAGUUAUAUAAAAAUACAACGCCUACGACCGUCAGCAGUAAUAAUAACAACAACGACUACAAAUACCAAUCACAACACUCAUCCAUCAUCAGCAGCUGAGCGUACGUGUAAGCGCCCGCCUGUGCAUGUCUGCCUGUGUGCUUGUGCAUGUGUGUAUGUGUGUGCAUAAUAUGCUGUAGAUUAUAAUAUUCUCCAACCUCUCCAUCAGCAUACACUCACAGCCACAGCCUCAAUCAUAGCUCAUAGUCACAGCCACAGCCCGGCAUUGUCGUUGUGUCGUUCUCGUACUCGUUGUCGCUGUGGUUGGUCGUCGUUGUCAUCCAUAGCUUUAACUUUAUUAACCCACAAACAAUUGCCAUAACAUAACAUAACAUUCGAGCGCACGAGGCAAUAGCAUCCAUCGGCCUCCCGUUAUUGGUUUUAUAUUGGUAAAUAUAGCGUCGUAAUUCUUCGCUGUCAUCAAUAUGGCACUUAGCAGUAGCAGAGGAGUUUGCGGCGGCGGCGGCAGCAGCAGUAGUAGUAGGCAUGCUGUCAGCAGUAGAGGCUGUGGGAGAAGCAUAUCAACGUGGAGUAAAUGCACAAACCUAUUACUAAUGCCGCGUGCACGUCUCGUCACCCUGUGGCUGGCAUUCAAUUUGGCGUUGAUCGCGCAGGACCCAAGCGCCUCAGUCGAUGCAGCGACUGGUGGCGGCAGCAUGUUGGGUGAUGUUAACAUAUCCGCUAUACUUGACUCCUUUAGCGUUAGCUAUGACAAAAGAGUAAGACCUAACUAUGGAGGUCCACCAGUGGAGGUUGGCGUCACAAUGUAUGUCCUCAGUAUCAGUUCGGUUUCGGAAGUUCUCAUGGACUUUACAUUGGAUUUUUACUUUCGUCAAUUUUGGACCGAUCCUCGUUUAGCGUAUAGAAAACGGCCUGGUGUAGAAACACUAUCGGUUGGAUCUGAGUUCAUUAAAAAUAUUUGGGUACCUGACACCUUUUUUGUAAAUGAAAAACAAUCAUAUUUUCAUAUUGCAACAACAAGUAAUGAAUUCAUACGUGUUCAUCAUUCUGGAUCAAUAACACGAAGUAUUAGAUUAACAAUUACCGCAUCUUGUCCAAUGAAUUUGCAAUAUUUUCCUAUGGAUCGACAACUAUGUCAUAUAGAAAUCGAAAGUUUCGGCUAUACAAUGCGUGACAUUCGUUAUAAGUGGAAUGAAGGUCCAAACUCGGUUGGUGUUUCGAGUGAGGUAUCUCUGCCCCAAUUUAAGGUCUUGGGUCAUCGUCAGAGGGCUAUGGAAAUCAGUCUUACAACAGGAAAUUACUCACGACUCGCAUGUGAGAUACAAUUCGUGCGUUCGAUGGGUUACUAUCUCAUUCAAAUAUAUAUACCCUCUGGACUGAUCGUUAUUAUAUCAUGGGUAUCAUUUUGGCUAAAUCGUAAUGCCACACCGGCUCGUGUGGCGCUCGGUGUUACCACCGUGUUAACAAUGACUACACUGAUGUCAUCAACAAAUGCAGCAUUGCCAAAGAUUUCGUAUGUCAAAUCGAUUGACGUAUAUCUAGGAACAUGCUUCGUGAUGGUCUUUGCCAGUCUUUUGGAAUACGCCACCGUCGGCUAUAUGGCAAAACGAAUUCAAAUGCGAAAACAAAGAUUUAUGGCGAUCCAAAAGAUAGCUGAACAAAAAAAGCAGCAACUGGAUGGGGUGCAACCACCGCCCAAUCCAAAUCCGAGCGCGGGUGAUCAUGGGCAUGGGCAUGCACAUACACAUAGUCAUGCUCAUCCUCAUGCGCCAAAACAAACAGUGAGUAACCGACCAAUUGGCUUUUCAAAUAUGCAACAAAACGUUGGUACGCGCGGUUGCUCGAUAGUGGGACCCUUGUUCCAGGAGGUGAGAUUCAAGGUGCACGACCCGAAGGCACAUUCCAAGGGCGGUACGCUCGAGAAUACCGUGAAUGGCGGACGUGGCGGACCGCCAGUGGGACCACCCGGACCGGGACAACAAGGUGGUGGCGGCGGCGGCGGCGGAGUCGGUGGUGGUGGCGGCGGCGGUGGAGGUGGAGCGCCCGAAGGUGGGGACGCCGAAGCGGCAGUACCAUCCCAUUUAUUACACCCGGGCAAGGUAAAAAAAGAUAUCAACAAGCUGUUAGGCAUUACGCCUUCAGAUAUUGACAAAUAUUCGCGUAUAGUGUUCCCCGUGUGCUUCGUUUGCUUCAAUCUAAUGUACUGGAUCAUCUACUUGCACGUGAGCGAUGUAGUCGCCGAUGAUCUAGUGUUGCUCGGCGAGGAGAAGUAAAGCAAAUGACGAUGCAAAGCACACAAGCUUGCCGCUAAGCAGCAAGCAGCGAUAUGCGAAAGCAGAAAAGCAGCUACGCUUGUAUGCAGUAGAACUGCAACCAGAGGCGGUCAUGCGGAAUGCAGGCGUGGCGAAAACAGCGAGCGUUUCGAACUAAUUAAAUUAAGUUUAUAUUUUAAGCAAACACAAUAUAGUAAAAGUUUAGCAUAAUUAUCAUACAUAAAAAAAAAAAUAUUAAAAAAAAAAACAAAAAAUAUACGCACGUGAAGAUAAAACCAAAAUAAAUUAGGAAAUUCAGUCAAGACGACGACGAAGAAAGCAGUAGUUAAAAAAUAAUAAUAAUUUAUACUGUGCAAAUCAGUAGAAUAUGAACAUAGGGUUGAAGGGGAGCCUAGAAUGAAAAAUCAAAAUUCAAAUUUGUUAAAUUCUAAAUAAGCGUGUGACGCUGCUGUUGGUGUAAAGCAGCGUUAUGCGCGCGACCACUGGCAAAACAAAAACAAAAUACUUUAUAGCAAAGUAAUAAGGCGAUUGAGAGUAAACGAAUAGCGUAAAGCUAGCGCUCAUACAUAUAAUACAAAAAUAUACAUAAAUAAUAAUUAACAAAAAAUAAACACUUAAACAAUGAUUCAAAAGUGUUGAUAGCUCAAAAAAUUAAAACAAAAAACUAUUUAUAAUAAAUAUUUAAUAAAUUACUACCGCACACAUGAUAUAAGAAACAAUAUGUGGAGUUAACGAAAUGCCAGUGAAAUGCUUAAAAUAGUAAAGAAUAUAAAUAAAAAAUUAGUUAAAUGAAUAGCAAAACAGAAUUUUACAACAACAAAUUCAAAUAACACACGGUAAUGACAAACACACGCACUGUUUCAUAUAUACAAUGUAAGUAAAUACAAGUGAGCGUACAUUUUAUUAAAAUUCAAGUUUAAACAAUUUUUUCGUAUAAAAAUAGCAAUUUAACUUUGUAAAAUAAUUAUUGUUUAAUUACUUCAUUUAGUUUUAUUUUUAAUGUAUGAUUCUUGCAAAUGGAAAAACAAAGAAUAAGCAAUUACACACUUAAUAAAGCAGUUAAUUCAAUUAUUAACUAAUUAUAUUUAAAUUUUUAAUAAUCAAUUUAUUUUAGUAAUGAAGUGAAAUUACUUUAAAUUUUAUUUAAUUAAAAUUUAAAAAUAUAAUUUUAAUUUUUAAUUACUGCCUUCUCGACAUUUAUGAAGCAAAACAGAAUUUAAAUAAUAUUUAAUAAAUUAAUAGUAAAUCUGUUGGUUUUCAAGACCCAGUUAUUAGUGCCGUUGCUCAUUCCUCAAUAAACUAAGUGACCCACGCUGUCGUAGUUGUGACUAUCAACAGUGACGAGAGAGUUAGGCCGGCAAUGCGAUGACGGUUUUAUAGCGGGAGAUAUUUCGUCUUGUCCUCGUUCAUCACCCGACACAUUUACCUCGCUUCCUUAAACAAUCUGGAGAAAGAUUUGAUUGAAGAUUGUAUUGUAAAUUAUCUGUUUUGCUCUGCAGCUCGCUUCAUUUUCUAUAGCAUUACGUUGAAGAAGCCACCUGAGAAAAAGUCGCUCUGUCUAUAUCAAGCGGCUCGAAGCUCCUUUUUCUGCUAUCGAAGGCAGCUUUCGAUUCCUAAAUCGAAUAAGUCGAUCGCCUUUCCUUUUCAAUAUUAAUUUUCGUUCUCAAAAAAGAUUAAAAUAAAAAGCUCAAUUUAUUUCAAGUCUUUAAUAUGUAUAUAUGAAAUUUGUUAAAGCACAUUCGCAAGCUCAAAAAUGCCGUCAAUAAAUAAUACAAACAAAAAUAUUUACUAGUUAAAAUUCUUUUGAUUUAUUAAUUUAUAUUAAUAAUAAUAUUAAUUAAUUCUCAUUUUUUAUUAUUAUUAUUUUCAAUUUUUUUAAACAUGAAUUUAAAGCAAUAACUAAACAUAAUUGUAUAAACAUAUGUAUGUUUUACUUAUUUAUAAAAAAAAAAUUAGUAAAUUUCUAUACUUUAGCGCUUCCAAAACUAUUUGCCAAAUUUUUGAAAAAAAAAGAGAAUGCUAAAAAUAUUUAAAAACUAUUUAUUAGCAGAACGUUAAAGAAUUUCUAGGGCACAAAACGAAUUGCAGUAAUAGCAAAAAGCACACACACUUACACAUGCGCGCGCACAGCGGUAACACCGGCGAUAGAUGUACGUAUGUAAAUGCGAAAAUACUCAUAAGUGCUAGCUUAUAUAAAAUUAUAGGCAAUUAAGUUAAUUUAGUGGCGUUUUCCCCAUUUUGUAUUGAGUUAUUAAAAAUAUAUUUAAGCAAAAAUUUUAAUGUUAAAAAUUACUGUUUUAAAAAUAAUUACUUUUUUAUUUUCAACACGCUUAUUUAUAAAUUCACAAUUUUCCAAACCUGUUCGUAAUACACUGAGCAUUCGUGCAUACAUACAUACACGUACCAAAUGGCACACUCAUACGAAAAAUA